AUGGGUAAAGAUAAGAAGUCUAAAAGUAAAAAAAGUAGCAAAAACAAGCAUAAGAAAGAGAGUUCAACAAGAAUUUAUCUUUCCCUCAAGAGAGAUCCAGAGGAACCCCCUGCAAUACCAGAAGACAAAAAUAAAGUUCAAGUAGGCGAUGAGGGGAAUCGGGUCGAAAAGAAUAAGAAUGCAUUAAAUCGUGAAAAGGAAGAAGCCAAUGGCUCACCGUCUAACUCCUCCAAAACUGUUUUAAAGUUAAAAUUAGAUCCGGAUUCGCUUGCAAGCUCAAAGAAACAGAAGAGCAAGAGAAAGAAUCCCAAAGAUCAAGAUGAAGUAUUAUCAAAAGUUACAGGAAAGCGGGCAGCAGAAGAUCAUACUGAAAAGGAGGAUGAAAUAAAUGUGGACGAUAAACAUCCUACCCAAAAGAAGUCGAAACGCAAUAACACUGACGAAGAUGGAAAUAUAUACGGUGAAAAAACGGAGAAAACAGCAGUAAAGACAGAAGUUCAAGCUGUUGAACCUAAUGUAAAAAAUGAAGUGAAAAGUGAGAUAGAAAAAAGAUCUUAUCCAUCCGAAGCGGGACAAACAGAUCAUCCUAAUAAAUUUUCCAAAAUUUCAAAAUCAAAUGGUCAAUCAACUCGCAAAGAUUCAUCAACAGUUGCCUCAUCAUCCAAAGUAAUGGAAUUUAAACCCUUUUCACCUUUAUCAGCUCCAAAAGAGGUCAAUACAACAAUUAAUGUUACAAAUGGAAAUGAAGCUAACUCUGGGAUGUUAUCAUUUGCUCAUACGGGUAAGAAGGGACCUGCACAAAAGCUUGGAAGACCGCCAAAGUCUCAAGCCAUUCAACAAAGAAUAUCUCAAAGAAAUUUGAGUUGGCAAAAAAAGAAAAAAGAUUUAAAGACAAUUUUAAUCAAAUUGGUAGACUCAUUUGAUAAAAAAGAUGCGUAUGGCUUCUUUUUGGAACCAGUUGAUACGUCCAUUGUAACGGAUUAUCUUUCAGUCAUAAAGAAUCCCAUGGAUUUUGGAACGAUGAGGAAAAAAAUCGAAAAAAAUGAAUACACAUCUAUUGAUCAAUUUAAGGAUGAUUUUGAACUCGUUUGUAAUAACUGCCGGACGUACAACGCUCCUGAUACUAUAUAUUAUAAAAGUGCUGAUAAAAUAUGGAAAUUUGGUGAAAAAGCGAUAGAACGCGAAAAAAAUAAUAUUCUAUUAGAAGAAGAGAGAGAAAGGGCAGGAAUCGAAGAUGGAAAUCGAAAAUUGAAGGGCAAAAAAGUGGGAGGUGUUAGAGAUUUCAUGCAAGGAAUAUCAUCUAGUCGAGCAUCCUCAAUAUCAAGACCAAUUCGACAAACAAGAAAAUCAAAGAAAACCGAUCCACAAUAUUUUCCAGAUGGUUCACUUAUUCCAUAUGCUGAUCCAUUUUCUCUAAUCCCUAAACCACCGAGAUUUGGAAAUACACCUCUUCUUACAGUAAUUUCUACAAAAGAACAGCGACCAGCUCGUUUUGAAGAUUACGGUCCUUAUGCAACAUUAGGGAUCGAUCCACCAUUUUUUACACCAAAAGAUAAAGAUUUUCUUUAUAACACAUAUGGAGAUGAAAAGGGUUAUUCUUAUGCUAAAAGUAUCAAGUCUUUUGUUAGUGACAUGGGCGAGGAAAUGAACCAACAAGUUGAUCAAUUUAUGAACAAAUUGACUUCCGGUGCACAUUUAAUCGAUCAAAAAGUGGCACGAAUAUUAGCCAAUUCCGAUCCCAUAGAUUCUUCAACGGUUACCCAAACUGAAUUUGGACCGAUUAAUAUUGGACAAGAAAUUAAUCGAAUUCGUAAAAUUCCCGAACUUAAAAAGCAACAGGCUGAAUUAGAGAUGUGUCGUAAAGAAAAGAUUGAUGUUGAUUUACUAAUGGGAGAUAAGGACAUAUAUAACGUAGUACAAAAUGUUGGAAAUCAAAGUUUCCAAGAAUUGCUUGAUAAUAAUGCAAAGGACUUGGCUCAAUUGAUCAUCACGAAACAAUCUGAUAAUCCCGAUUCUAACAACAAACAGAUUCUGGAUAAUCUUAGUAAUCGUCUUAUUCAACUUGUCCAAAAUACUCCGGAAAGUGAGAAGAUAUCACGUUCAUCACAAGUUCAAUCGGAUGUACAAACGCCAGUAAUUCCCGUUCCUCAAGCUUCCUCCUCUUCACCUCAACCACUUAUAUUACCGAAACAAUCUACCAGUAAUUUUGUAAACCCAAGUGUUGAGCGUGCCGAUUUAAUUAGUGUAUUAGCACCUUCUUCUAUGCUUCACGAAAGUACACUACCAAGAGCUCGUGCAAAACCUUGUAAUUAUAAUCCAGCUGGAAAAUGUGCUAAUUGCCAAACCACGGAUACACCUGGUUGGAGAGCAGGUGAAACACCUGCUCAAAAACUUUGUAAUGCGUGUGGUCUUUAUUAUGCAAAGAACCGUGCACAUCGACCAUCAAAUUUGUGGAAUGUUCGCUGA